AAAUUUGCAAGCGAAAUGUCAAAAUACGCAGCUCAGCCACCGCCAGCUUAACCUCCGCGACCAUAUGUGUCUGUGGUACACACACGGUGCUCGGAAAUAGAUCGUGAGUUGCGCGAAAUUGUUUACAAAAACCGCGACGGAGACAUGUAAUCGGAAAACUCGUGUUGCACAGGCGAAAAAUGGACUCAAAGUAUUCACUUUUGUCGAUGUCACCGGCCGUCAGCAACGGAAACGGGCUGGCGAAUGGUUUCCCUGCAAAACGCAAAGACCCAGGCGGCAGUGGCAAUGGAACUUCCGAAAAAUCAGCGAAGAAGAACAGGAUCAGCUUCAACCUGACUCCAAAGGACGCGGAGAAGAUGAACGGACAGAAGAAUGGGGAGAGCAGCCAACGAGGCCAGUGGAAUUCGUUGUCCAUUCAGGAGCAGCGCCAGACCUUGCCCGCGUAUCAAUGUCGUCACAGGAUCCUCCAGGAAAUCCGCAGGUCAGACACUCUCCUCAUCAUGGGCGAAACUGGCUCCGGCAAGACCACGCAAAUGCCUCAGUUUCUGUACGAAGCAGGUUAUGCGAACAGGGGGAUGAUCGCCGUCACGCAACCACGUCGAGUUGCAGCCAUAACCGUAGCAAAACGUGUCUCACAAGAGAUGGGCUGCACACUAGGCGACACUGUCGGUUUCACCGUGCGUUUCGAGGAUUGCACGUCCAAGGCCACGAAGAUCCGCUUCAUAACAGACGGUUGCCUGCUUCGCGAGGCUAUUUCCGAUCGAUUGUUGAAGAACUAUAGCGUGGUCCUCCUCGAUGAGGUCCACGAGCGGACGAUAAAUACCGACGUCUUGUUUGGGAUUGUUCGCGAUGCCCAGCGACAGCGCAAACAGACCAACAUGACUCCCUUGAAGAUCAUUGUGACGUCGGCUACGAUGGAUAUUGAUCAUUUCGGGAAGUAUUUUGGGGUGCGGGGGAUGUAUUUGGAGGGUAGAACGUAUCCGGUGAAGGUGUUCCAUGCGAAGGAGCCACAAAGUGAUUAUUUGCAUGCGUGUCUGGUGACGAUUUUCGAUAUCCACCGGAAUGCCCCGGCAAACCACGACAUUCUAGUCUUCCUGACGGGUCAAGAGGAAAUUGAUGCAAUGGUCCAGCAGAUCCGAAUGAUUGAAAAGGCUAACAACCUCAAUGCGCCCACACUGCGAGUCUUCCCCCUGUACUCGCAACUUCCGCAGAACAAACAGCUCGAGUGCUUCAUUCCGUCGGCACCGAAUUCCCGCAAGGUAAUUCUGGCCACAAAUAUUGCCGAAACGUCAAUUACAAUCCCCGGUAUCCGCUAUGUAGUUGAUGGUGGCUUCGUGAAGCGUCGCGUGUACGAUCCUCAAACGGGCAUGGAGUCCUUGAAAGUUGUGCGGAUAUCACAGGCUCAAAGUUGGCAAAGAUGCGGUCGGGCAGGUCGUGAAGCUGAUGGCUGCUGUUAUAGGACGUAUACUCGCAGCGAAAUGGAAGGACUACGGAAGAUGCCAACACCGGAAAUUCUGCGGAGUAAUAUCACGUCAGUGGUCCUGCAACUACUCGCUCUUGGGAUCGACUGCAAAACCUUUGACUUUCUCGACAAGCCUUCAGCGACUUCCAUCGAGAACGCCUAUCAACAGCUGCAACAGCUUGGAGCCAUCAAAUCGGCAAAGUCGCCGGAACUAACUGCCUUGGGUCGUCGAAUGGCCUUGUUCCCUCUGGAUCCGCGGUACAGUAAGCUCCUCCUAAUUUCGCCCGAAUACAGCUGUGUUGAUGAGAUCCUGAGCAUAGUAGCGUUACUAUCCGGCGAGAAUAUAUUCUGCACAAGUGCGGAGAAGAGGGAACAAGCAGCGUUAGCGCAUGCCAAGUUCGAGUCGAAAUACGGAGAUCAUUUGACGAUAUUAAAUGUUUACAAAGCUUUUCAGAAGACGGAAAAGUUUAAGCUAUGGUGUCACGACAACUUCCUCAAUUCCCGCAACCUCCUCUACGCCCGAGACGUUCGCAAUCAGCUCCAGGAAAUUUGUACAAAAUGCGGCAUACAAUCAACCUCGUGCGGAACCAAAUACGAUAGCGUUAGAAAGUGCCUUAUCGCCGGUCUUUUUAACAACAUUGCCGAGCUGCAGCGUGAUAGCUUCUACUUAACUCUUACGAGUCGUCAGCGUGCUAAAAUCCACCCAUCGAGUGUUUUGUGCGGGAAAUCAAGGUGGUCGUAUGUGAUAUUCACGGAAUUGGUUUCGACGGAAAGGAACUUCCUGAGGGCGGUUACCGCCAUUGAGCCGGAGUGGAUUGGGGAAGUUGUGCCCCAUUAUCCGCAUUUAAGUCGCAUUCAAUGCAAUAAUACAAAUACUACUUAGGUUUGAUAGGCAAUUGCUAGGAGCAAUUUAGAAUUUUGAAAUUUGUAAGUGAACGUAAACGGAAAGUUCGUUGUUGGAGGAAAAUCUGGAAAUUUUGUCACAAUUAAUUUUGUGUGAUUUAUGUCAGUUUUGUAAGAUUCAUUUUUAUAUUUUUUCCAAUGAUAAGAUACUGUAUAUAUUGCGUUUAGUUUUAAGAUUAUAAUUGCCUUAAAUGGUACUGAAUUUUUACGAUGUAAAUAAACUAAAAUGUCGAAUUAUA